GUGGCGAGCGGGAGAGAGAGAGAGCGAUCGAGCGAUCGGGGGAACGCUACUACAGCGCUGAAACCUUAACUCACGGCUCCUCUCCUUCGGAUGGGCCGCCCCAUCACAACACAGGACAGCGGUGAAAUUACGGAGACUGUUUGUGGCCUAGCUGUCAAUCAUGAAGUGGAACCUGUUUAAGAAGAAGCCCGAGCCCAUGGUCGGGGCGGAGCCUACCGGCACGGCGACCAUGGCCCCCACCCUCGCUGUCUCCACCGCGGCCGAUAACUCCACGGCCUCCGGCGGCAAGAGCGACGUCUUCGAGGAGAUCAAGAGCAAGUUCCUGAACGAGAUCGAUAAGAUCCCACUUCCUCCUUGGGCGCUGAUUGCCAUCGCAGUGGUAGCGGCCCUCCUCAUCCUCACCUGCUGCUUCUGCAUCAUCAAGAAGUGCUUCUGCAAGAAGAAGAAGAACAAGAAAGGGAAGAAAGACAAGGGCGGCUUCAACAUGAAGAACAUGAAGGGAGAGGAGAAACAUCAGGACGACGACGAUGACGAUGCAGAGACGGGACAGACGGAGGAGGAGAAGGAGGAGGAAGAGGAGAAAGAGGCGGAAAAGCUGGGAAAGUUGCAGUUUUCCCUGGAUUAUGACUUCCAGGACAGUAAGCUCACGGUGGGCAUCCUUCAGGCUGCGGACCUCAUCUCCAUGGAUACGGGAGGAACCUCCGACCCUUAUGUAAAGGUGUUUAUCCUGCCCGAUAAGAAGAAGAAGUUUGACACCAAGGUUCACAAGAAGACCCUGAAUCCUACCUUCAAUGAAACCUUUAUCUUCAAGAUUCCCUAUCAGGAACUUGGUGGGAAAACCCUGGUGAUGUCCGUCUACGAUUUUGACCGCUUUUCCAAGCAUGACAUCAUCGGUGAGGUGAAAAUUCCCAUGAACAAGAUAGACUUGGGCCAGCCCAUUGAGGAAUGGAGGGAUCUGGAAAGUGCAGAAAAAGAGGAGCCGGAGAAACUGGGAGAUAUCUGUAUCUCACUCCGCUAUGUCCCCACCGCUGGAAAGCUCACCAUCUGCAUCCUGGAGGCCAAGAACCUGAAAAAGAUGGACGUUGGUGGACUGUCAGAUCCCUACGUGAAGAUCCACCUGCUGCAGAACGGCAAGCGGCUGAAGAAGAAGAAGACCACAGUGAAGAAGAACACGUUGAACCCCUACUACAACGAGUCCUUCAGCUUUGAGAUCCCCCUGGAGCAGAUGCAGAAAAUCCAGGCGGUGGUCACCGUGCUGGACUAUGACAAGAUUGGGAAGAACGACGCCAUCGGAAAGAUCUUCGUGGGCAGCAAGGCGACUGGCACGGAGCUGCGGCACUGGUCCGACAUGCUGGCCAAUCCGCGGCGCCCCAUCGCCCAGUGGCACCCCCUCAAACCCGAGGAGGAAGUGGACGCCUCCCUGGCGGCCCUGGCUGGCAAGAAAUAACCCGUCCCCAUGGCAACCUCCUAACCAACCACGUACCGCUUUAUUGCAUGCCAUUCAUGGAUUAUCAACACUACAGACAUGGUCAGAUAAUUGAAAAUAGCAAACACUUAGGAAUGACUAAGAUAAAAAAAAAUGUUUUCUUUGUUUUGCAUUUUUUACAAAAUGAUUUAAUAACUUGAUUCAUGAAAUGAGUAGAUGAAUAUGCACUGAUAAGGGUGAGAUGGGUAUAAUACUAUGUUCACAUACUAUACUGCUGAAAUAGUUAUUUCUGCAAAUGGCCAGUUUGCAUUCAUUGUGAGUUGGGAAUUGGGAAAAGGUUUUGGAUGUGUAACUACAGUGAAAUAGCUUUCUCAUCACAUAUUGUUGCUCCGUUUAAGUUUGCCAGUUCAGGAAGGGGCACAAUGUUCUAAGGAAAGCUGGAGCGAUGUGAGAAGCCAUUUCCGUCUUAAUCCCACCAUAUUCAUUCUAACACCUGUGAUGUUGUGGGGGACAGGAUGAAAGAUUAUAAAACAUAUAGCCUGUGUGUCUUCAAAUCCUCCCGGGUGACAACAUCUUUAAGUUUAUUAACAUCUUUUCAUCUUUUAACGUCUUAAUCACAGACGUUAUUUAUACAGAAAACCAACAUUUGAACUUUUCACACAGAUUUUAAAAAUGUAAAAGCGACCCUCCCCUCAACGUCUUUUCUUAUUUUUUUAUUUAUAGCCUUGGAGUUACAAGCAGAAUAACUUUAAAUUCACAAUGCAAUAGUAUUUUAGAAUAAACGCCACUUUUUUUCAAAUAACAUCAUAUAAAGAGCUCUGUCCCCUUUUUAUAGUGGCAAACUUAAGUGAAAAGAAAACGCGUUAAAAAACGGUGGCGAUCAAAAUCUUGUCGAAACUUUUUUUUUUUUUUUUUGGCUUUCCAAACAAUGCAUCUCUUUUUGCUUUUGAUUAUUUUUGUUCUGGUCAUUGCUUUGUAAUCGGCAUUGUAUUCUUGAGCAAUAUUGCAAUGGCAUGACUCAUUUUAGUGUGUAGUUUUUGUGUAAUAGCGUUUAAUGUUUUUUAUCAAUCAAAAGUGUGACUAUGAGCUCACCUCAUAUAUGAGUGGUUAUACAAAGUGUGAAAUAUUUAUGUACAGUAUUGCGCACAAGGCUUAGGCACCCUAGAUUGUUUUAUACACAUUUUUAUUUAUUUUUUGUUUUGGUUUCUGCAUUAGUGUGUCAGUAGAAAACGGCAAUCUUCAGAUUUCCAAACAUUCAUUUUCCAAAAUGUCUUUACAGAGACAUUUUUGCAUGUCAUUAAAUAAAAUAACACAAUAAGUAAUAUACCACUUUUCAGAUAAAAACCUGAUCAACAGGAGCACGGAGCAAGGCAGCCAAAGUCUGCAGGGAACUGUGGCAAGUUCUCCUAUGUUUUACACAACCUACCUGCUGGUUGUCUUAAGAAUUGCAGGACAGUGUAGGGAAUUUAUGCAGUUUUAAAGGAGAAGGGUGGUCACAACAAAUAUUGAUUUGAUUUAGUUGAUUUAACCGUUUACUGCUCUUUAUAGUAAUGCUUUGAUAUUUAGAAAUAUUUCUGAAAGCAUAUUCACUUUACAGAUUUUUUUUUUUUAACAUGGGCCUAAGACUUCUGCACAGUACUGUAUAUAGCAUACGUAUACUAUGAAAUUUGGGGGUCAGCAGAUAUGUGUGUGUUUUUUAUCUUUUUAUCUGAUUUUGCAUGUUUGUUGGUGAAACAUAUCUUCCACGUGAUCGGCCAAACAUAUCUCUGUCUUAUGGACUUAACCAUGAGGUGCCUGCAAAUGUGGCAUUUGUUAGGUGUCCGCUCUACUGCCUGCAAAUCUACCACUUGUGGUUUUGAUGCCUCCAAAUCUACUAUAGGACCUGACCGUUAAUUGAUGAAUUUAGCCAUUCAUUGAUAAAUAAUUUAACUUUGAUUUCAAAGGAAUACGCGUAUGUAUAGUGCAAGGAAACACAAUAGUUUGCGGAACUAGUGGAACUAGAAACAAGGAAUUAUUCAGCUAGUUGUUCAGUAUGGUUCACAUACUUGCCGCAGUGGCUGUCUUUCUACUGUUAUCUUAAAUUUUUUUUCAGUCUUGGAACAAGACGGUAAAAGUCCAAAUUCCUUAGCGUUAAACCUUUGAAGAAAAAGUAUGAAUCCCCUUGAAGUGUAAACCAGUAAAAAUGCCUUUCGCCCUUCCUAUAGAUCCUUGACUAAAUUAUCUUUCAGGAAGUACAAUUCUACACUGCCAGUUUGAUGACUUGUUUUUCAAACAUUUUUAUGUAUUUACAGUAUCAUUCCCACCAGUGCUCUUGUGUAGAUCUUGCUACUAGCCAAUAGCACAACUGAGCUUGCAUUGAGUUGCACACAUCAGUGAAGCGGUCAGUUCCUUGCGUUAGGAAUGACUACUGGGGCCAAACCCUUUCUCCAGCAGAUGUUUCCCUGUGGCUUAUAGAACUGCUGCAUCCCAGCCACAGGGAACGAGCCAUUCCCUCGUUUGUGUUCAUCAUUAAUCUCGUUUUUAUUUCAUACGAUAGAAAACAUGGACCGUGAAGAGUGGAUGCCACAGGAUUUGGUUAGUGGUUCAUCAUCAUCGCCUAAAUUUAAUAACAUUUUUAAUCAUUUUAGAUAUUUUUAUUAUUAAAAAAAUAAAUAAAAUUUAAGCAUCUACGUUACUGUAGAGACCAGAGAAACUCCCUUUACAAAUUUAUAAUUUAUUUAACUUUUUUAUAAAUGAGCUUAAAUAUUGUUUAAAUAUAUGGAAAAUCUAAUAUUUUUGAAGGUAUAUAUCCACUCCUGAUGCUAAAAUGAGUUAUAUGGUAAAAAGGAGGAUGUUUUUUUUCUGAGGAUACCAAACUGAUCUGUUCUCAUGAGAACAUGGGCUAUUCUGCCGCUCGUGCUUACAUAAGGUGUCCCAGCCAGUUGCCAAGGUAACAAUAAGACACAGGCAGCCAGAUCUCGCCAUUGGUUAAUAGUUCAAAGCUGUGGUUUGUAGAUAAUGAAGAUCGGGUUGUAAAUACGAUAAGUUGGAAGCUCGAGGGACUUUGCACUGUAGUUAUCUCAUGACUGUGAUAGACUAUUAUAACGGAUGGCUCCUUUUUGUAAAAUAGAAUAGGUGCAUUUUUUGUUUAUUCUAACUAUCAAGUAAUACCUAGGGUAUCACUACUUCAUUUUAGUCAUAAUUCUAGAUUCAGAUGUCAAAGGAAAGACAAAAAGGAAACCGACAAACAAAUAAGCAAUCACUCUCUCUUUCUCUUUUCUCUCUCUUCCCCCUUUCCCCUCCCCUGUUAUAAAUAUGUACAUAGAUAAGAAUUUGUUAAUAGUGCAUGUUUCUAUACAACAGUGUAAAUAGCCGCAUGUUUUAAGGAAGAUUAGAUAUAUUGUCCAAGUGUGUGUCACCUGUCAUUUUGAUAAUAAAACGGAGAAACCGUUGUUCUCCUACUGUACAUUUCUAGUACUUUUAAUGAAUGGGGGAGAGACAGAGUGCAGAUUACACCUAUAUAAUAAUUAUAUGCAUACUCUGUCUUCACCUCUACCGUAGAGUGUUGUGUAAUUCUGUGACUUCAUUUAGGGAUAUAUUGUAGCAUGCCUGCUAUAUUUCGUGAGAUUAGCUUUUUUUUCUCAUUUAUUUUACAGUUUGCAAUGCAGGUUAAUGAACAACAACAACAACAACAACAACAACAACAAAAUGUCUGCUUGUAUAUAAGGGGCUCCAAGCUAAAAAGCCAUUUGACGGAGCUGUGUAAAAUUUCCUUAGUUAAAUAUUAAUUUAUGUAUAUAUAUAUAGUUUGGCCAAUCAGAGAUAAUUCGUGCAUCAUAGACUGGACAUAUUGGUGUAUCAAAGCCAACACUGGUCAUUCGUAACAUGAAGUUGACCACUUGAAUUAUGAAAGGACUAGUCAUUGAGUAUAGAUUUACUGUUUCAUAAAGUAUACAGUAUGUGUUCUCUGGUGCUUUUUGCCAUAACCCAGUAUAAUUUUAAGGUCUUUAUGAAUGGAUAAACUGGGUAUGGGUUUAAUUUGUGAAAGCAGAAUCAAUCUCAUCCCAUACCUGGAGCCCCUUUUGUAUACGAAAGACUUGUAUUUGUUGUGGUCUUACUGUAUAGAUUAUCUGUGUCUUCAUGUUUCCUAUUGAAUGCUACACGCCAAGUUUAGCUUUUGACUAAAUGACAGGCGUGCAUAUACAGUAUUUAUGUGUAUACAGAUUGUCAAUUAAUAUUUUAAAAAAUAAAGCCAUAAAAGUAUGAGCAGGGACAGCUCAGCGGUCAUACGUGUUGAAACGAGCUUAUUUAAAAUAUGUUAUUACUUCAUUAAAUAUGUGAUUAACGAAAGACUAUAACAAUCAUUUUAGUGUGCCAGCCAUGUUGGUUGCUAUGGUAGCUCUUGAUUUUAUUUGUGUCUCAGUAUGUGCCCAGUUUUAAGUAGAAUGCUUCUGUCAUGCCAUGCCAUUUCUGUCUUUCUUGUUUAAAAGUGUUUUGGUUCUUGUGAAGUUGCAUGUGAAGGGACAGAAGUAAGAUGAAUGCAGUUGUUUGAACCUGUCCAGUUAUGUCUUUGUGCGCUUUGGGGCACACAGGGAACCUCUAUAUGCACAGGUCAUUACAUAACUGCUGUAACAGGAAAGACUGUCUUACAGUAUGCGUGACUGCAGAAUUUAGCAUUUCUGUAAAUUGGAUGAGGCGGAGUAUGUUAAAAUAACCAGUGAGGAUACAUUUUACUGUACUUUGUGAGAACAUGCAAAACUCUGAUGAUGAAAACAGACCACAGCCACCCUUCAUCUUCCUCUGCAGUCAUUUCAAAUAAGGGAAUGGUUGUGCUGGUGCUGUUAUAUGUGCAGAUUGACCAGUGGCGACGUGAUGGUUUCAUUAUGUUGUCAUGUUAUAGGCUGCCCAGUUGGUUAUCUGACCUGUUGUCUGUCUCAGAGUUGAAUUUUGAAUGGGAGUUUGGGUGGAGGAAUAUGAGACCUUAACGAUACUGCAAGCUGUUCCACCAGAUGAUGGCAUGAACGAGUGGAUAUUUCAUAUGUGUGUCCUGUCUCUAUGCAUGGAUGGAUGUAAACAUACAAUUUAUAAAGUUGUUAGUGUGAUAGUAUGAUAACACAGAAUGUUUAUUUUUUAUUAGAUAAAAUGUAUACCAGAACAGAAGCUCUGUGUCAGACACUGAAAUUAGUUCAGCUCGCAAGAAAUGUUUAACGUAAAACAUUGUUCGCAUGGUUCUUAAGAUCCCAUAUUUCGCCAUUCUUUUCAGCUAGCUUCUACGUCAAAGCUUUUCUUUUGACAAAUGUUAUUUUCUUUACACGUUACCAUUCUAGUUUUAGAUUAAUCGCAAGCAUAAUACUCGUGGGUCCAAUCUGAUGUCUAUUUAGCUAGCCGUCAUUUCUGAUACAGUAUGCAUUUUUGAGUCUCGUUUGGCUUUGCUCUGAUCCUGUUACACUGAAAUUGUCAGCACAAAGUGGGGACGCCCACACAUCAGGACCAGUAAGCAAACCGUUGGAGCCUUUUCUCCAUGUGAAUUAAAAGGCUCUGGAGAAGUCUGCUUCUAGCCUCUUAGCUCUUUACCUUGCCAGUGCAAUGCACACAAUAACUUCAGUUGCAGUCUAUCUGGUGUGCUGUGGAUGGCUGUCUGUUGAAAUCGCACUGCAACGGUCCCUGGCUGUGCCAGAGGGAUUUCAGAGCAUACUGCCAAAACUGUCGAUUUCUGUCCGAAAACGCUCCAGUCUUCCAUCUCCUAUCAUCACUGUAGAAUAAAAUUCCAAAGAACUCUUUGUGUUCUCCUACUCUCUUCUUUCAGAGUUUAUCCCUCUCCCUCUCACGUCCUACUCUUUAACACUGAGGACAGUUUUGUUCCCUGUAGUUGAUUUGUCUUGUCUCUGUGUCGUUAAGUGUGUGUGCGUGUGUGUGUGUGUACCUGUCACUUGUUGUACCUUGUGUGGACCGCAUGUUUAACCCCAAGCGGGGACACUUUGAAAAUGUUCCUCUCACGGAAAGACUCCACCAGCUCCUGGGUAUUAACGAACGUCACUGUACCAGACAUCAGGGGAACCAAAUAUGAAAUGUCUUAUAUGAAAAAUGUCAUAUAUUAAAAAGUACAGAUUUAUCAUAAAUGUUAUCAACUAUUAAAACAAAAAAUAAAGGCCUUUUAACUACA